AUGCUCAUCAGCGAUAAAACAACCAUACGCAAGGAAAUCACUUCUUUUCGUGCAUUAACUAGUAUAAAUCACAAGAAGGAAAAAAAAAAAAAAAAAAAAAAAAAAAAAAAAAAAAAAAAUGAGUGGUUCAGUCGCAACCUUCGUUCAUACAAACCCUUUCUUCCAACCCAUAUACAUUCAACCACUCGUAUGAGAGAGAACAUAGAUUUUAAUUUAAUAAUGGAAGCUGAAGACGGGGACCCACAUUCCGCUUCGAUAGUUGAUAGAGGUAGCCGUACCGGAAGUUUCAAUAGCCAUGGGAGUGGUUCCUCAAGUCGCCUCCCCAGGCAAACAGAACCCAGUGAAGAACCCCUCCAAAGGUGUCUACGGGAACCGCAACAGAACACACACACGCACAGCCAUCGACGUGUGCUCAAGUGUGUGCUCAGAAGAGACACCAAGAGAAAUUCUUCAGGUGCUUCCACUCACAAAGAGAAGGAUGCACACACGUCAGAGGUUUAUCUGAUGAAUGAAGAUGUAACCAAUUGCACAUCAAGUAGAAUGAACAAGAAGGAGCGCACUGAUCGAAUCAUUUGGAAGAAACAAAAUAAAGGAGCAAAGAAAGCAAUCAAUGUGUUAACCCACUCCACGGAAUCACAACAGGUACAAGGCAACUUCCGUGGUGAUAAAGAAGAUAUGUCGCGUUGCGAGGAUGAAAAGGGGAAAUUGAAGGUAAACCUGAAGAGGAGAAGAGGAAAGCCACGAACCCCUGCAUCUGAAGUAGAUGCGCAAAGAGACGAAUCCGCAGAAAGCACAUAUGCUUCGAGUCCCAACAACAGGGGGGGUGAGAAAGACGCUGACGAGGGUCAAGAGAAUGAUUGGUCCGUUGGUGAUGAUGAUAACAGAUAUGACAGGCGCCCCCUGGACCAUGAUCAUCGCCCCCGUCGAGUCGACCCCAGCGAGGAACGCAGGAGGGAGCUCAGCAUUUACAAAAAAAAAGUGAACCAAGUGAAUAAAAUUCUGUAUAACCUAAGCCGCUUCAACAAGUUUAGCAGUCUUGAGUUCAGAAAAGGAAUAUCACAGAAUGAGAACCAAAAGGGCACGGAGGUAGUAGAACCCACCUUCACUUCUGUCACCCCUUUGUCGAGGUAUAUGCAGAAGGAAUGUCCCACUUCGCUCGUAACUUACACACUCCACCCGAAACAUGCGUCUCUCCAUGAUGAAGAAAAUACCCGCAGAAAAGACAAUCAACCUAGUGCGACGCAUCAGACAAUUCACAAGAUACAUAAGAGAAAAGAUACAACUGUGUUAGGUAGAAGAACCCGUCCCGCUCUUCACCCACCAUACCAACCACAUGAUGAAGGAAGUGGUGAGGACUCGGAAACCCAUAACGAGGUCAGCGUCAACAGUAAUUGUCAAGGGAAUAACACCCCGAAAGAACACUCAAGGGAACAUUCCCAGCUAGCCAAAAUAAAGCAAAAGAAGCUAGAACACAAAAUGCAUCUGAAAUUACCCAUUCUGAACGACAUAAAAGAUUUCCUCAAGAAAAAAAAGAGGAAAAAAAAAAAAAAAAAAAAGAAGGAAAAUGGAGACAGUGAGGUGGAUAGCGAAACGCCUAACGAAGUGGCGGAUGGUGUACACGUAAACUUUCCCACCAGGCACAACGUACAAGUUAAUCAGGAGGAAGAAUCCCAGAAGAAUGGAAAAUCACAAAAGAACGAUAGUAAAUUCAGCACUAUCCUGACGAACGGAGAAUGGAUGCAAAGUCGAAGCGAACCGAACGCACAACAGCCCCAACGGUUAGUACCUCCUGAAAAUAUAUUCCCUCCAAAUGGUACAAACAGAUGCGAAUAUAAGAUGGAUGAUAGCAGAACGAAUACCUUGCCAAGUGGAAGUGCUCCCGCUGGAAGGAAAACUCCACUAUCCCUACCCUCGAUAAACGGAAACAGCCAUAAUAGUAAAAAUUCUUCUAACAAAAAAUACGCCAGUCGAAAAAAGGAAGACAUCUCAGUAGACCGAAAGGAUGACAUGGUGGUGUCUACUCAAGGUAUAAGUAUGUCUAACCAAGCACAUGGAGGGAGUUACAAGAUAAAAAAUGAACUAAAAACGAAAGGAGAAAAAAGGCAUUCCCAUUUGAACAAAUUCCAAGAGGUAGGUAAUCCAGUUAAUCAAUCAGAACCCACUUAUGAACUACCAAAUGAACAGAUACCUUUUGAGAAUAUCAAGUUUGAUAAUGCCACCCUUAGUUCGAUUCCAAAUGAACAGAGUCAACUUCGUGUUCCUAUAGAUGAUGCAUGUAGCGAGUCGUCCACGUUCAGUACAUCUCCUUCACAAAUAAAUUAUAAAUACAUUUCUAAGAAAACCCCCCAAAGGACGGCUUAUCAGGGGAAGGAAACUAUUGUUUCCAUUCUGUCGAAAGAACCCACUUUAACCCCUUUGAAUAGAGCUAGCCAGAAAAAACGGGAUCAAAAUAGCACAGUUUUUAAAAGUGCAAAUGAUUCCAUAGGAACAGUUGAAUUGAACACCUUGGAUGAUUCAAACAUGCUAGUAGGAACGAACGAAGGAAGGGAGGCCGAACAGAAAAGUAGUAACAAAAGGGGGGCUAACAAAAAGAGGAGGAAGAGCAAACGUUCCCUUCCCACCAAUGGUGAAGACAACGCAAAAAUUGAAAACAUCACUGAACGUGGAAAACUGAGUAAUCUUCAGUGCAACCAACUUGAACCAUCCCAACUCAGCAGGGAUGGAGCACAGCAGCCGGAUAAUCGCCUAAACACGCGAGAUGACCAGACACGAGGUAAUCACAGAGGGGAACCCACAUCGCAAGGAAGGGCUCUCCCCAAUGCACGUGCUAUAUCACCGACGUCGAAUGUAAAUAAAUCCGGGGAAAUCAUGAAUGUCGAAAGGAUAAAUGGAACGGAAAAUGAUAUAGAGAAACUAUCACUAGGAAGUUGUGACGAAUUGCUCAACGCAGAUAAUCUGAACAAGCUAAGUAUACCAGGUGGGAAAAAAAAAAAAAAAAAAAAAAAAAAAAAAAAAAAAAAUUAUACUGAAGAGAUGAAUACAAACGAGGGGUUUAAAUCCACGGGCCACGUAAUCAACUCAGCAAAACAAAAUGAAAUAGGUCAGUCUCCCGUGGAAGGAAGAUCCUACCACCAUGGAAAUGAGGUAAAUGAAUUAUCUCCCAUGGGAAUUCCCCAGGUUGAAUAUCACUUGGACGAAAAACGUAACCAGAAGAAGGGAUCCAAAAAAGAUGUUACACGGAAAAGCAACAAGGGGGAAGAGGAAGGGGUGAUGGAUUCUACUUCAACUCCACAGAAAAAGGCGUCUAACGCGAGCGUGCAGAAGGUAGAUCGAAGCCAAUCGGGAAAUACCUCAUUUGGUAGCAACGAACCGAGUAUGGAUGAACCGAGUAUGGAUGAACCCAGUAUGAACGAACCCAGUAUGAACGAACCGUGUGCCCCACCGAUGCCCCCGAGGAAAGGGACACACAAGCAGAAACAAGGAAAGAAGGAUCAUUCACAAUCCCAGCAGAUUAAUGUAAACGAUCCAUUACCCAUGAAUCCCAUCAUCUACAGGUCAGUAGGAAAUUAUGCCAAGAGGAUCAUGAACCCACUUUCCCUAAACCAUGGAUUUUGCACCCCAAGAAAUUUAUCAAAUAUGGAUUAUACAAAAGAAUACAGAUGCAGGAGAGAAGAUAAUUCUAAUGCACAAAAUGUAUUGAUUCAGGAAGAACAGAGUAGCGCUCCUGGGGGAGAAGAGUCUUUUGUUAAUGUACCCCUUGGUGAUGGCAGGAGUGUUCACGAAGAAAUGGACAUAAGCAUCAACGGAGGAGAUAAUAGAAGCCACCAAAGGGUCAAUACGCACCGGAGCGCAAGUCCAAACCACUGCACCUCCUACAAUCACAACAGGCAUGAUGGGGACGACUACCCAGUAGACAUGCUCAGCGACAACGUAAGCACUUACGUAUCGAACAACUAUGCCAAUUACGUAAACUGCAUUAACCACAUGAACUACGUAAAUCGAAUGAACCCAAUCAGCAACACGAAUCGUCUAGGCCACAUAAACAGGGGCGCACUGCCCCAGCGAAUACGCAGAAAGGGGUUCCCACCCAGACACUUAAAAUGGAAGAACUACCCCCCUGGUGCCACCACCCUCUUCAUGGAAGAUCUAUGGAGAGAUGAAAAUGAAGAUGGCGCAUUCAACAGGGAACUCCCCUUUAACCAUUUUAAACGUGCGCAUGAUAAUAAUAUGAUGAGCGCAAUGAGCACCAUGAGUUGGAUCGGCGGUGCGCACAACUUUGGCAACCCUAAUCGAGUGGGCCACAUGAACAACUUCACAAACGGGCAAAGGAGCUUCUUUCCAUGGAGGCAAAACGAACCACGCAGAAAUAAACCACUUCGGCUACUUCAUCAAACGUAUGGAGGUUAUCCUCAUCAAAGUUUUGGAGGUUACCCUGAGCAAUCGUAUCGGUUACUUGAACAGCCGGGUAGACCCUCCAAUGACAAUACCCUCCUCCCGUACGGAAAGCAAUGUAGAGUGAAUACCUAUCCCAGUGGUGGAACCGAUUGGAAUAAUUACACGGACAUAGGUAGCAGUGCCAUAGGAAUGAACAACGAAGACAUGGUCUCUGUAGAAGCAUCUCUCCUUACCUCGGUAGAUGCAGUAGGGGGGGGGGAUGCCCCCAAUAUGCUUGACAAUCGAAAAAUUACGAGCAGUUUUUCUCACCGUUACGAUAUUCAAUACAGCCUUUGUACUUCAGUCCCAAGUGCCAAAAAACCAUGUAAUAAAAUUGUACCUCCUCACAAUCACUACCGCUAUGUGCAUACAAAGGGUGGUCAGUGUACAGAUGCCAAGGGGAUACAUCACCCACUGAAACAUAAUUCUCUCCUGUACAGGGAUACGGGUUACCUAGAAGGUUGUUACAACAUGAGCAUGAAGACGCCAUGGGAUGUUCUCCCGUACAACAGUCACUUGGUUGUUCCUUUUAACAAAAUGGGUCUCCCCCCCAUUGGAACCAUCGACAGAGAUGCGCAGCCUAGCAAUAAUUGGAGCAGCCACCUCGGCGGGAGUUACGUAAAUGGACUAAAUAACUUCCCCUUGGGGGGUAACUACCCUCCAGGUAACAAGCACAUGGUGCCGAACGGACAAGGAGUGAACCUCCUCCCUCUGCACCCAGACCGAUCCACUUUCUAUCAAACGAACCAACUGAACAGAGAAAAAAUGAGCUUCACACAACCAUACAAAUGGGAUAUGUACAACAAAGUACGCAUAAGAAAAAGAAAGAAGAAGAAAUAUCUCAACGAUGAGCAAUAUGAACAAGGGAGUAUAUACAAUGCAGAAGGAAAUACUUAUUUUCAAAACGGUAGUAACAAAUUUAGUGUAAUGUAUCCCUUUCAGUAUAACCAUCUUGUGAACACCUUUCCUUGUUCCUAUGGCAACAACAACCCCAGCAUCUUUUACCAUCUCCCCCAGGGUGUCAUCCCACCUCUUAACAUUUCCACCGUUACCAACGCAUCGCAUUUUCCAAAUUUAACUGACGAAAGGAACUUGCCAAAGGGAAACUCCAUGAAUGAAAAUUAUGGAGCCAGUCAGAAUGGAAUUUAUAAACAAUGGGAAAAUCCUACCUCAAGCUGUUCCUAUAAAGGAUUUGGCCCUCUGGAUCAGUUGCAUAUUUCACAUAAUGACAAGCCCUCUCCCAUGGUAUGCCCAGUUGAAACAGAAAAAGCGACGAAACUGGAGAAGAGGAACCCCCCGAAGGAAAAGAAAAAAAAAAAUUUUACAUUGCCAAAUAGGAAUAUAGUAGAAGAGGCAGAAAUCAAAGAGGGACAAUGUUCAAGGGGUGAACACAUGGAAAAGGAGACUAGAACAGAUGACAUAUAUCCGAAUGAUAAGUUGGUAGAUGAAACUGAAUGGAAAAAUAUCCAACCUGGUGAUGAUUCGAAGGUGAUGUCUAGCAAAGGGAAGGAUCUGUCGAAUGGGUAUGAAGUCGUCCACAACGGGGAAUCGGUACCAGUGAGACACCAAAAGGAAGAGAAAGCGAAGGAGAAGAAAAUAGAAAAACGAAUGACGACGAAGAAGAAGAGGAUGAAAGAAAAGUUAGCCUUCUCAAACACAAAUCCGAAUCAGCAAUAUGGGGAUAAGACAAAAAACUACAAUGAAAUGGUGAGGAAAUACAACGAACUUAAGAAAUGGAACCAUGAAAAUGUUUUAGAGAAUGGAAGUAAUAAAGAGGACUACACGGUGCAUACAUCCACCAUGGGUGCAUCCUUUUGUUUGUUCUCCGAAAUAGAGCGAAGGAGUGCGAAGCAGUCUACCAAGGGGGAAGUUACUAUCUUGCAGGGAAGAGAAAACGAGAAAGAAGAACCCAAUAAAUGCCCAAAUAAUAAUGUGCAGGAAUCCUACGGAUACGUGCCGCAAAAUGGACAACACCUGAAUGAUAAGAGGAGGAAAAAAAAAAAAAAAAAAAAAAAAAAAAAGAGGCAGAAAAAUGGUAAAGAGUUGGCGUAUAGUGCGACAUCUGCUCACUGGGCUAAUGUCGCUCAAAGGGAGAGGAAUCAAAGUUGUAUCAUCCUAAGUAACUACCAUAAACUCAUUGCCAGCAGAAAUCACCUCCCCCUUCAAAACGGCAGAAUAAGAAGUUUAUCUGUAACCCUAGAUGACAAGCGAAGGAUAUAUCUGAUGCCUCUGCUUCACUGUGGAAUGCAGAGGUGCAAUGUUAUUAAAAUGGGUCCUCGCCCCCCAAUGGGAGUAGUGCCCACUACGGUACUUUACGAAAAUGAUAAAGGAAACAACACACCACGCAAUGUCAUCGAGGCAGAUAUAUUCCUCCUGCUACGCAAAACAGAAGAACUACUAAUCGACCUGCUCAAAAAGGUAAAGCCAUCGAAGGAUAUAAAAAGAACGAAGCGGAAGAUCUUUUCUCUUUUGUCCAAACUAAUAAAACAAUUGUUCACUUGUGAUAUCAAAAUAUAUACCGUUGGUUCUAGUGCCUACGGGGUGGACUCAAAAACAAGCGACCUCGACAUCGUUAUUCAAGCCAACCUCUACAACCCCAAGUAUAUCCUCCGCAAUAUUUACAACUACAUCGUACAGAUGAAGAGGAAUCGACAGAGGGGGGAAAGGGAAAAACAGAACGAAGAGGAGUGGAACGAUAACCGCGCCACCGACGCAAGAAGCAGAAUUCCUGCAAAUGAGUACUCCAUGAAUACCCAUGAAAAACAUAGCAAUGCAGAUGUCGCAUUCCUAGACCCAUCCGAAUGUGCAUUCUUCGAUAACGUACAGCUACAGUUGGUAGAUUCUGCCAGAGUACCCAUCCUAACUCUAAGGAAAAAUAACAUCGUUUGUGAUGUAUCUGUAAAUACAAACAACUCAUUGAAACACACAGAAUUCUUUUCAAGUAUUUUAAAAGUUUUUCCAAAUUUAAAAAAUGUUAUGAGGAUUCUUAAGCUACUUCUCAAGGUUAGAACCUUACCAUCGAUGAAGCAGGGAGGUCUACCUACCAUCCUCUGGAUGAUGUUAUCCGUUUGUUAUUGCAAACUGCCAAUGGAGAACAAUUCUUUUUGUGGCUCUGUUGAAAAGUGCACAUUUGUCAAGCAUGCCCAGGGGAAGGCUCAUAGGGACGACAAAGAAGUGAGUACCCCCAACGCGGCAAAUCCCGUUAGCACAGACAGUACCGUCAGCACCGUUAGCGAUGAAUCAGGUGCACUGCGCCCGAUUGUUGCCUCCAUGUCGAAAAAUCACUCCGAGGGAAGACACACAGAUCAACUGAAGGGAAGGCACACGGACCAACUCGAGGGAAUACACACAGACCAACUCAAGGGAAGGCACACGGACCAACUCAAGGGAAUACACACAGACCAACUCAAGGGAAGGCACACGGACCAACUCAAGGGAAUACACACAGACCAACUCAAGGGAAGGCACACGGACCAACUCAAGGGAAGAGACCCAUCCAAUCAGCAUGUCUGCUCUCUCGACGGAGAAAAAGAUAAACUUCUAAACGGAGCUUAUUACCAUGAUGGGGAGUCAAACCGUAUGAUAGAGAAAAAAAACACCGACUGGAGCUCCGCAAGUGACAAGGAAGACACCAAAAAAAAAACAUAUAUCAGUGGAGAAAAAAGAACUGCGGGCGAAUCUCCAGCCGAUGUACAACAUGAGAAGGGGGUAAACGAUGUGACCACUUCAUCUGGUUGGUCCACUCAAGUGGGUGAACUACGUGGCAAUUCACUUCAACACCCCGAGGGGAAAUGUCUCAAGGGGGAAAAUGCCUCCCAAUCGAACAAUCCAGAUAAAUCAAAUCAUUACAACCGUAGCAGUGAAGAUCUCCUGUGCUCAGCCCCGAACCAACCCCAUGGUCUCAUAAACAAUGAUAAAAGAGAAGAUGCCAUCUCCACUGGUGAACUCAAAUGCAAACUAGGAGAAAUGAACAUCGGUAAGUUGAUUUCCUCUCCAUCAGCCAACAGCUGCAUGGUGAACCCGAUUUUAUCAACAAGAUCUCCAAUUCCUAAUGGGGAGAUGAACAGUGCCCUUUGUGGAGAACCCAUCGACAGGAAUGAGGAAGGGAUCGAAAAAGAGGAAAAUAGAGACGAACGCAUGGAUAAGGAUGAAGCGCACGAAGAGGAUGAAAGAAGGCAGACAUGUCAAGCGGACCAACCCAUCGACAAUUUUUCCAUCACAUCGUGCCAACUACUGGAAAAAAUAUUCUCUCAAAAUGAGUUCGAAGAAUCAAGUCUCAAUUCAUGCUUCGAUCAAUACGACGAAUCGUGUAAACAGAAUUGGGGGAGUGAUGGUGAAGAUGGAACCGAUAUCGUGCCAACCUUUUCAAUGCACUGUUCAGAGAGCCUCUCCUGCUACUGUCUCUCCAACUUCUUUGACAGCUCGCUUACACAAUCGACAAGGCGUACUAACCCCGCACACACGCAACAACAAAAGCGGAAAACAAACGUUCUAAAGAUAAUGCACCGUAAUGGUAAAAUCCUAACCAAGUUCGAACCCUGCAUGGGAGUUGCACAGACGGAGGAAGGAAAAAAUGAAGAACAUGCAAAUUGUGUGAUGAAUUCGCAAAAUGGAAGAAGAAAGGACCAUGAGAAACAUACCAUUGAGGGGGGAGACCAAACUGGGGAACCUAACAACACAGUAAGUGAAAAACAAAUGAUGGUUCUUGCCCCCCUCUUUUACUCCCUGAUGAUUCUGUUUAAUGAAUUGGAUUCUAGAAAGAAACUAACCAGAACGAUAAAUAUGAUCGAUGAGGAAAAAUGUCAUCUCAAAAAUCCAGAGGAAAUAAACAAAAGGUUACUAUCAUCUGUGUGUCACGGGGGGGUUUGGGACGAGUUACUUACCCUGUACGACCCCAUUUAUAGUUUUAAUUACGAAAGGUACAUUAGCCAAACGGGUGGUUAUGCGGACAGCUAUAUGAAAGGCUAUGCAAUUCCUCCUACAAUUACGGGUGUUGAUAGACACACUGAGAAUAGCGUCGAUAGACCCAAAGGACAAACACAAAGGAGUCGUUCCAAAAACAUAACAGGGAGUCAUAUCUAUAGAGAGAACCUUGAGAAGGGCACACACCCCAGAGACGACACCAUUUGUACAACAUCAUCCAAGAAAAAAACAAAACGUUUAACCCAUGAUGAGUGUCGUAAAAGUGGAAGUUCCUCCCCUGCAAUGAGUUCCUGCAGUUACACGGAGGUACACCAGAUCCCCCCAAAAGAUCAAGGAGAAGAGGAAAUAAAUGCCCAACACCACCUGCAAAAAAAAUAUAAAAUAACAACGGAGACAUUCCCUUCAAUCAUCGGGGAUGUAGCAUCGUUUCAUAAAAUGGAUGUAAAGAAAGAUGCAGAUAAACAUGAUAGAGUAUCGAAUGGAGAUGCUCAUUCUGUGAGCGUAAAUCAAGUCAGGUGUUGUAGCAAACCAUAUGGGGAAUAUCCCCCCUCAAAUGAAGUGAAUGAUCCUUCCGUUGGAGAUACUGUGAGAACGUGUGAUGAUACUACUACCCCCCCUGUGAAGGAAAUAAAAAUUAGCGAAAGAAUUACCAAGGGGUCUUCCAUCUCCACCAACAGCAGUAGCAGUAGCAGUAUCAGUAGGAGUAGGAGUAGAUGUGGUAGUGUCAUCCGAAGCGGCAAGAAUAUGCGCUCAAUCAGCUUGCAAAAGUCGUAUGCUCGUGAGGGAGAUUUUUUAAAUAGUGAGAAGAGGACCCCUCCCUUUGAUGGAAGGGCCAACCAUGUGAUAAAUGUAGAUGUACAAAAUGAAGUCGAUGUAGUUGGAGAGGAGGAUAAGACGAACCAUAUUCUUCCUCAUCGCACACCGGAGUUAUACUCCCACUGCAACAUCGCAGGAGGGAUAUCCCAAACGAGAAACUCACAUGAUGUUGUUGAACACCCUAAUCCACUUUUCUCAUCACGUCUAAAUUAUAACACAGAAAUGGAAAAAAAAGUUGAAGGAGAGUUUAUAUACAACGGAUUUAAGGGAGCACUGCGUAAAGGAUAUCAUCGUCCUUCCAUCAGCGAAAAUCCCCCAACGAGAAGAAGAGAGAAUUACGUGAAUGACAAGGAGGUAAAGACAACGACCAUGGAUGCAGUUCGUCUGAAUGGAGCACGAUGUUCUCAUUUCUCCGCGAGCAAUUCGAACAUUUCAUGGGAAAGUUCCCCCAUUUUGGAUGUACAUAACCCCGCUUUAACCACGUCAGGAUGCUACUUCAACGAGGUUCCUCCGGCUAAGUCUCUGUCCCGUAGCCAGACGAAAUUCCAUGGUAGCAUAGAUAGAAAUUUUAGGAUCGAUGAUAGGGCCCUCCACAUGUGCUCUAACGAGAUGAACACAUACAUAAGCCAACACAGAUGUAACGUGACAUCGAAUGAGCAAAAUGCAAUCCACUUUAACUACAACCAAAACGAACACCUCAUAGAUAACGGAUUGGAAAAGAAAGAAAGAAAUAACAGAGAGCGAAAUCACGUGGAAGGACGAACAGUCACACGCAAUCUCAUCCAAACUAAGAGAAACAUGAGAACAUUCGAAAAAAAGUAUGAACAGAAUAUCGACUUGGCAGGAAAGGUCAGCAGCGCCACGUGGUUGAUAUAUCUGUAUGAGCUGAAGAGGGCUAGCUUUUUUAUCAACUAUUACCUGCACCAUUUGCAUCUAUACAUUUGUUUUAAAAAGCACUUCAAUUUCAACGGGGAGGCACAAACUACCCCCAAUGAGGCACAGACAAAUACUAAUAGGGACCGAGAAGGAAUCCAUAUUUCAAACCUCACGCCCGAUGCGCAAAGCAGGAUCACCAAAAAUUAUGACAUAUUCCAAAAGAAGCAGUGGCUCACCAUUAAGGUAAAUUCAAGAGACGAGCUGACAGAUGCAGAUAAACAGAGUUUGCAAAGGGGGGAAGCCCUCUUUCCAAAUUCCACCUUUCCUCUGCUAAGCCAAACGGAGCAUCCAAUCAUCAUCGGCAGAGGUGACCAAUUGGAUUUGUUUAAGAGAGAGUCACCUCAAGUGGGAAAGAAUAUCCAAAACGAUGAAAGGAUGCAAACCAAGGAAAACACAACUAUUACCGAAAGAAAAGAGAAGAAGAACCUAGAUCAGACUUGGAAAAUAAUUUUAAAAUGCAUUUUGCAAAAUCUGAAAUGUUGUAUCCAUGCAUUGUUCGAACGGACAAAAGGAGAAAUAUAUUUCCUUCCCUUCCGGCCUCAGUUGGAAAGUUCUCGAGUGCGUAGAAGCAGUAAGGAGGAGAUACCUCCCAAGGAGAACCACCUUAUUGAUGGAGAAUGGAAACAAAGAGGAGGACGAUUUACAACCGACAGAGCAGAAAGCACAGGAGAUGGUUGUACCCGGAACGCAAAAAAUAAUGACCACAUAGAAGGAAGUCUAGACGAACUCACAGAUUCAGAGAAGCAAUUUGCCCUUGUUUUGAUAGAAGGGAAACUAGUGUUCGUUAAAUUUGUGAAAAUCUGUAUUGAUAGAAAUAAAUUUUGGGACGAGAACUUUCUCUGCAGGAGAGACAUCAGGACAGUUAUCCACGCCAAGGCUCUCGAUGUCUUAUUCAUUUCAAACAAGGCAAUUAAAAUAGACAAAAAGAAAAAAAAAAAAAAAAAAAGGAUAGACCAUGAUGGUAGGCAAGUUCACCCCAACAGUGAUACAAAAGCGAAUAUAAAUCUCGAAAAGGAAAUUUGUACAUCCAGCGAUAUGUCUGACUUUGACCAGAUGCUUUUAGAGGAUAACUCCUUCGAUGAGCAUGAGCAUUUUUCAAAGGACUCUACGUUAAGUGACUUCCCCGGCGCUGCUAGUGAUAACGUGCAAAAGGAUGAUGCUGCACUUGGGAGUGGGGUCAAAGGAAAAAAAAAACCUUUGAACGAUCCCAAAGGAAGAACUAAUCAUUUAUCUGACGGGAAGAACCACUAUUUUGUGGACAGUUCGAAGAGGACCAUGAAAUGUUGGGAUUACAAAAAACAGAAACAAAAGGCCAAAUGCAGUAAUUUUAUUUACAAUUCGAGAAAUGACUACCUUGGCAUUCUGGUGGAACAGAACUGGGGUGGCAGGCAUCAUAUUAUCCGGGGGUGGCAAGAUAAGUCGGGUCAAACAGGUGAACGGUGCGGGUCCCUCAAGCAGGACGCGUUAGCCAAAUCGGAUGAUGUAUUCCUCAUCAACCCGUGCAACUUUGUAACGCGCGUGAACGUAAAAACCGUGUACCUACCCCGCAGCAGCCUCACCAACGAACUCACAGACACCAUUUGCGAAAGGGUUCACCUGAACGAGAGUCAAAUGAGCAAGAUUUUCAUGUUCCAAAAAAAUGAACAACUCCUGACAGGAAACACAGUACCCUUGAAGAAACCGCAACAAAGGGAUUGCCCCACAGACGAACAGAAAGAAACGCCACCAAAAGAUGAUGAACUAUGUUGCGUACGAAUUAUACCAAGAAGUGAAAUAAUGAGAUACAAAGAACUAAUCCGUAUUACAAGAAACAGUCCCUUUUAUUACAAGAAGGCAAAGCACAUUUCUAACAAUACAAAUCCCCCUUUGCAACAACCUGUAAGUGUUUGUAACUUUUGUCAGACCAAGGGAUCCUUUAAUGUGAAAACGAACCACUUUACCAUUUCCCAUGUGGACACUAAUGUUGCGGAGAGUAUCACCCAACUUCUCCGUCAGUUGAUACAUGGGAAGUGCGUCUCCCCUCAGCGUAGAGAGAAGGACUGCCUCCAAUUUCAAUGCGUCGAAAACUUAUCCACGCCCAACUGA